CAUUUAACACUGAUGAUGAUUGUGUAAGGCAUGUGUCAAGCAUCAAUAACAAAUCAUUAUUUAUUUAUAUCCUCACAGCCUGUUUGUCUUCUGUACCACUGAAUAAUCCUAAUGAAACGAAUCAUUAAAUGCCAACAUUUAACAUCAAUACUUUUGUCCCAUAGUCCACAUUUCAAGCUUUCGGCGACACUUUAAGCAAGUUCUAAUAGCACUGAUCAAAGCCGCUAUUUGUAUAAAGAGUUACUUUAAAGAGGGAUUUCUCUCUCAGCUGAGAAGCACUGAGGAGUCUGGAGUUGAAAGGGAAAACUGUACUCAUAAGUGACACUCAUAAUACAGUCAACCAAAUCGUUUUUUCUUACAAAACUCAAAGCGAGACUUCUCGCAAUACAGUUAUCAUGGAGCAAGGAAGAAAGAGAGGAGAGGACCAAUCUAAGUUGAACGCACGGUGUAGUGUUGUGUGGGGAUGUAUGCCAAGAGUAAAGAUGGCAGGUGGACUUUGCGGGCCCACGGUGCCUCUUGGGUAUGGCAUCUACAAACAUAACUAAAAGGUGAUGUCACGUUGUAAAAAGUGAUGCCGGUUAUCUGGUCAACAGAAAGUAUUUUCAGCUCUUCAAAAUGUCUAGUAUUAGUAUUGUGUACAUGGAUUUCUGUUGACGGAGAGAUUGAGAGCGCAACAAAAGGGAGAGGCCCAAUCAAAAGUUUGCUUUCAGAUUCCUUUCUCAAAGACUUCAAUGUAGCCUAUCUGAGGGCUGGAAUGAUGUUCACUCUAGUGAGCUGAAUCAGAGGGGUACACACCCACCCCCUUUUUCCUUUCGUUUUUUUUUAUUAUUUCUGAAAAGCCUUUCAUGGGCUGAUGCAUAAUGUAUAGUUGCUUUGGGAACAGCCUCCCCAAGGAAAGGGAGGGAUGAGGGAGGGUUCCCUUGGUAACGUGGGCCAUGCAAAGCGUCUGAUGCCCAAGAGAGGCGGGUGGAAUGGAAAUGAGGGUGUACGUUGGUCAGUGAGAUUUGAUUUCAAAUAUUUGUAUCUCAUCCAAGUACUACAGAGGUGUCUGAAAAGCACUCCUAUGUACUGAUGUUAUUCGAAAUCUUUCACCUAUAAAAGCUGAAAUAAUGGCUUAUCAGCAAAAACAUGAAUAGGGCCUGUACAAUAACACAGUAUGUAUUCUAUAUUUUAUCAAUCUGGUCACAGGUUCACCUUUCGUUUGAGAGAGUUUGAAUUGGGGUCAGGGUCUACAUUUUACAUGAGAAUAAUUCCAUAAAUAGUAGUUGCUUUAUAAUGCAUAAGGCAAAACAAGACAUUCUAUUUUAGUCAUACACGUGCAAAACAAUUUGCCACAAAAAGUGAAGUGAACUUUGCCGUCAAACAAUGUGAACUACACAACUGAGUUACUUAUGGAUACUUUUUGCUGAGAUCACAAAAACCUAAAUAAUUGAUAAUGUUUUGAAAGAGGAUUGCACUAAUGCAUGUCUAUCCCGCUGGGGGACCCUCGUUGUGUAAAUGCUUCGUGUGACUGCGGUAAAACCGUGGUGAAGGGGAAAGUAUGCUAGUAUGCUCGUUGCACGGAUGAAAGAAACAGCUGCCCCACCUAGUCCCCGGCACGGGUUUCUUGGCUGCACAUCUCGACGAGAACGCACUGCGAAUACAGCGAAAUUAAUUAGGACAUCUGCUGCCAUACGUAAACACAGAAAGGACACUAGUGUGAGGUGUGGGCUGAGAGACUGUGGGACUCCUGUGUCAGGGCUUUAGGAUGGCCAGUGAAGGUGCUACUACCCUCCCCAGCCCAGUCGUACGUCAAAUUGACAAGCAGUUCCUGAUCUGCAGCAUAUGCCUGGAUCGCUACGACAACCCCAAAGUCCUCCCCUGUCUGCACACCUUCUGUGAAAGGUGUCUGCAGAACUACAUCCCGGCUCACAGUCUGACGCUGUCGUGCCCUGUGUGCCGUCAGACGUCCAUCCUGCCUGAGAAGGGCGUGUCUGCGCUGCAGAGCAACUUCUUCAUCACCAACCUGAUGGACGUCCUGCAGCGCAGCCCCGACAGCAGCAGCGACGAGAGCAGCGUGCUCGACAACAUCAGCGCCGUGGCAACCGGACAGCCCCUCUCCUGCCCCAACCAUGCAGGCAACGUAAUGGAUUUCUACUGCAGCCCGUGCGAGACGGCUAUGUGUGAGGAGUGCACGAGCGGCGAGCACGCGGAGCACCCCACCGUCCCCCUCAAGGACGUGCUGGAGCAGCACAAGGCCUCGCUGCAGGACCAGCUGGACGCCGUGAAGACCAGGCUUCCAGAGAUCGACACGGCCCUGCAGGUUCUCUCAGACAUCCUGCAGAAGUUGACCCACCAGAAAGCCUCUAUAGAGGAGGACGUUCACGCUACAUUUGACGAGCUGCAAAAGACACUGAACGUGCGCAAGAGCGUGCUUCUCAUGGAGCUGGAGGUCAACUAUGGGCUCAAACAGAAGGUGCUGCAGGCCCAGUUGGACUCGCUGCUGUCGGGGCAGGAUGGCAUCAGCAGCAGCUGCACGUUCACCCAACAGGCGCUGAGCCACGGCUCCGAGGCCGAGGUGCUGCUCGUCAAGAAGCAGAUGAGCGAGCGCCUGCGUGAGCUGGCCAAUCAGGAGCUGCCGCUGCAGCCCGAGGAGAACAACCAGCUGGACUUCCUGGUGGAGACAGAGGGCCUGAAGAAGUCCAUCCAUAACAUGGGCGCCAUCGUGACUACCAAUGCGGUCGCUGCGGAAACGGUCGCCACCGGUGAUGGCCUGCGGCAGUGUGUGGUGGGGCGACCUGCCUCCAUCACCGUGACGACCAAGGACAAGGAUGGGGAGCUGUGUCAGAUGGGCAACGCGUGCGUCACAGCAGAGCUGGCCUCUUUGGAUGGAGGCUUAGCCGACAGUGGGGAGGUGGUGGACCACAAGAACGGCACUUAUGAGUUCCUGUACACGGCGCCGCACGAGGGCCGCUACACACUCUCGCUGCGCCUCUACGACCAGCACAUCAAGGGCAGCCCCUUCACCACCCGCGCCACCAAGUCCACCGACCUCCUGCUCAAUGCGGUGGACGGCACUAAGAAGCGGCUGAAGUCGCCGGGCAGCGGGCACGUGAAGCAGCGUGCCAUCAAACGCCCCGCCAGCAUGUACAGCACGGGCAAGAGGAAAGAGAACCCCAUUGAGGAUGACCUCAUGUUCCGCAUCGGCACAAAGGGAAGAAAUAAAGGUGAAUUCACCAACCUGCAGGGAGUGGCAGCAUCCUCACUGGGCAAAGUCUUAAUAGCAGACAGCAACAAUCAGUGUGUUCAGAUAUUUUCAAAUGAUGGACAGUUUAAAAGUCGUUUUGGAGUUCGAGGGCGGUCACCAGGGCAACUGCAGCGACCCACAGGUGUUGCAGUUCACCCAAACGGUGAUAUCAUCAUUGCUGACUAUGACAACAAGUGGGUCAGCAUCUUCUCAAGUGAGGGGAAAUUCAAGGUGAAAAUUGGCUCAGGAAAGCUGAUGGGACCUAAGGGUGUGUCUGUGGACCGCAACGGCCACAUCAUCGUCGUGGACAACAAGGCCUGCUGUGUUUUCAUCUUCCAGACUAACGGCAAACUGGUCACCAAGUUUGGAACCCGUGGCAAUGGAGACAAACAGUUUGCAGGCCCUCAUUUUGCUGCAGUGAAUCAGAACAAUGAAAUCAUUGUAACUGACUUCCACAACCAUUCUGUAAAGGUCUUUAAUCCAGAGGGAGAGUUUCGGUUGAAGUUCGGGUCCAACGGUGAGGGAAAUGGCCAGUUCAAUGCCCCUACAGGGGUGGCAGUGGACAUCAAUGGCAACAUCAUAGUGGCAGACUGGGGCAACAGCCGGAUACAGGUGUUUGAUGGCAGCGGCUCCUUCCUCUCCUACAUCAACACGUCGGCGGACCCUCUGUACGGCCCUCAGGGUCUGGCCCUUACGUCUGACGGCCAUGUUGUGGUGGCAGACUCUGGGAAUCAUUGUUUCAAAGUGUACCGCUACCUGCAGUGACGGAUCCCCUGCAAUGCCCCCCCCCACACACCAUCAUUCCUUUCCUGUGUAUUUGCACUCAGCCAGGAGGACACCUACCCCUUCUCACCCAUCUCAUCAGUGACCCCAAACCACCAUCUCAGUAGAGUGUAGGAACUGUCCUGAGAAAGGUGCCUGGCCUGAUGCAAACUGACUGGAAAAAUGUACGAGGUUGAAAACGUGUGAUUGCAUUAGACACUCAAAAUAUAUGCUACGUGCACUAUUGUAGACUCUAUCAGGAAAGAGCAGAGCAUUCAACACAGUCUGUCACAACCCAGUAAGCUUUGUAGGUGCACUACAGUAGGGCAUCACCCCUAUUUUCUGGCUAUUUUUAGGACCCAAAGAACAUCAUUUGCUAAGUGUUACAGACCUCCUUCCUUUUAUUACUAAUAAUAUUAAUUUAAUUUGUAUCUUCCAGACAACAAAGAGGAUUAUGGAUUUAUUUUUCAGUUUGGUGACCUCAUUUACUAGGACAAAAGUGGUAAUGAAACUAAACAACUAGAUUAUUCAAUAGUGCACACCUAAAAUGGACAGUGGAU